AUGGCCUGCGGCUGUGACUCGACACAAUCUGUCUGUUACCAGACCGCUUCUCCUCUUUUCUGCCACUCACCCUUUUCAAUUAAUUUCAACUUGAGCUUCACAAUCCACUUGGUAUCAAACAUUCAAGACCAUUCUGAGGAUUCUACCAAGGGUGCCACCACCACAUGCCGUCAUUGCUGUCACCUACGAGAAAUGCUCCGCAAUGAUGUCUUUUGCAGAUCUAGGGGCCUUCAUGACCCACGCAAAAUUGAACACCAACACUUGGCUCCAGCUCCUUGUGGAGCAUCAUGGGGACAAUGGAGCCUGCCGACCCUAAUCGACACGAUCUCCUUGGUUGGUGAGAGAGUCAACACUGAUCUGAUCCUCUGUUGGUGCACAAGGUGCAGGAUACCCUUAACCACUAAUUCACGCGAUACUGGAGAUCUUGUCCUUGUUGUUUUCCACACCACAGCUUGGGGAUAUGCGUUUCUUUUUUCCCAAGUGUUAGGAACGGAUGACACAGCAAUCACCCACUCCACGUCACCGAUGAGGGACUGGGACUGGGACACUGAUGCAGUUGGCAUCGGUCUACUUCGGAUUUCGACACCACAGAGUCGGACCACCGAACAGGCUUCUUCAUCAUCUUCUAGAUUGAGACAAGCAGCAAGUGGCCGGACUCUCGGUAACCAGCACACCACUACUCCCUACCCUGCCACACCUUACCUUGCAGCAAUGCAAUGCAGCGCCGUUGUCGCUGUCUGGCUGCCCUACAAAGGGAAUCCCGCGCACCGCCUCUUUGCUUGGGCUGCACCAGCAGAAUUUUUCUUGGUGUGUCUCUCGCUCGAAAUCCGGAAUUCUCUUCUGGUCUCGUGCCUGAAGAUCGAACAGCCACGCACGCAAUGCUCAACGCCGCCUCUUCAGAGCCUCAAAUGGCUUCUAUCGUCAGUUAAUGGAAUCUCAAUAUCAGCGUGCCGUCUAUUCGAUGUAUCGUGGAGUACUGGCGCUACAAGCAUGGGAGCAAAAAGACUCCGCAGUGACGUGAAGUCCUGUUUUAGGCGCUGUGCUGGAACGGUGGACUUCUGGAUGGUCCCACCAGCUUUCUCCAUUUGA